AUGAAGAUCCGGUCGGUGAAGCUAAGGGAGGCUCACGCCAACAAGGGCGGCCGCCCUUCCUUCUGCUCCGUACUGUGGGACCAGCAGGCUCGCCACCUUGUCACCGCUGCCUCCUCCGACAUCUGCGUCGCCCUCCACGACCCCCUCCUUCCCUCCUCCACUCCCCUCAGGACCCUCCGCCACCACCGUGACGGUGUCACCGCCCUCGCUCUUAGCCCCAAUUCCACUUGCCUCGCUUCCGGAUCCAUCGAUCAUUCCGUCAAGCUCUACAAAUUUCCCGCUGGAGAGUUCGAGACUAAUAUCACCAGGUUUACUCUUCCAAUUCGUUCCUUAGCAUUCAACAAAUCUGGGAGCAUGUUGGCAGCUGCUGGUGACGACGAAGGAAUCAAGCUCAUAAACACAAUUGAUGGAACCAUAGCUAGAGUCCUCAAAGGCCACAAAGGUUCUGUUACUGGCUUAGCUUUUGACCCCAAUGGCGAGUACUUAGCAUCCUUGGACUCGUCUGGAACCGUUAUUUUCUGGGAGCUUCACUCUGGGAGAAUCCUUCAUAACCUCAAAAACAUUGCUCCUGAUAACGGUUUAGAUGUUUCGACUAUGAAUGUUCUCAGCUGGAGCCCUGAUGGUGAGAUGUUGGCUGUUCCAGGGUUGCGAAAUGAUGUGGUGAUAUAUGAUAGGGACACUGCUGAAAAGUUGUUUUCUUUGAGAGGGGAUCACGCACAACCUAUUUGUUACUUGGGUUGGUCGCCCAAUGGAAAAUACAUGGCUACAUCUAGUUUAGACAAGCAGGUUCUUAUAUGGGAUGUUGAUAGGAAGCAAGAUAUUGAUAGACAAAAAUUUGAUGAGAGGAUAUGUUGCAUGGCUUGGAAGCCAAUUGGGAAUGCCUUGGCUGUUAUUGAUGUUAUGGGGAAGUAUGGUAUCUGGGAAUCUGUUAUCCCUUCAUCUAUGAAGUCUCCAACUGAAGAUAUACCUGAGAGCAAGAAAAGUAACGGGCUUCUUUUCUUUGAAGAGGAUGAUGAAGAAGUAAAUAGUGCAGGUGGAAGCUUGAGUGAUCUUGGUGAAAAUAGUAAUGGUGAGUCUGAGCCACCUAGCAGGAAAAGAUUGCGAAAACAGACAUUGAGUGAGGAGAAUUUGGAUAUUGAUGAUAUUGGUGGUGAUGAGAUUGAUUUGUUUCCCAAGGUUGAAUCUCAUAAGAAACGAAACCGCUCUCAAAAGGAAAAAUUGGAUGAUGUGAGUGUGGGUUAUAGAAGCACAGUUGCUACAUCUAAAUCAAAGAUGCAGGAGGCAUUUCAACCGGGAUCCACUCCUGUGCAGCCGGGAAAGAGGCGCUUCUUGUGCUACAACAUGCUUGGAAGCGUAACCACUGUUGAACAUGAUGGAUACUCCCAUAUUGAGAUUGAUUUUCAUGAUACUGGAAGUGCUCCACGAAUUCCAUCAAUGACUGAUCAUUUUGGAUUUACCAUGGCUGCUUUGAAUGAGAGUGGAAGCGUCUUUGCAAAUCCUUGCAAGGGGGAGAACAACAUGAGUACUCUCAUGUAUCGCCCAUUUAGUAGCUGGGCAAAUAAUAGUGAGUGGUCCAUGCGCUUUGAAGGGGAAGAAGUGAAGGUGGUUGCACUUGGUGAUGCUUGGGUGGCUGCAGUAACUAGUUUUAACUAUCUUCGCAUCUUUACUGAGGGUGGUUUGCAGAGGCAUAUUAUUUCAAUAGAUGGGCCAGUGGUUACUGCAUCAGGUUUCAGGGAUAAGCUUGCAGUUGUUACCCAUGCCUCUGCUUGCCUUCCCUCCAAUGAUCAGGUGCUAGAAUUGAGAGUAUUUAAUCUACUUCAGGGGACUCAGCUUCUUCGGGGUCGAUUGCCAAUAACUCCUGGUUCUUCUCUAAGUUGGUUUGGGUUUAGUGAAGAAGGCCAAUUGAGUUCCUAUGAUUCCAAGGGUGUGCUAAGAUUAUACACAAGCCAAUUUGGUGGUAGCUGGCUCCCGCUCUUCAGUGCUGCUAAGGAGAAGAUUGAUGAAAACUAUUGGGUUGUGGGGUUGAAUACAAGCAAGUUAUAUUGUGUAACGUGCAAAAAGCCUGAAACCUUCCCACAGGUGUUGCCAAAGCCAAUCUUCAAUGUACUAAAUCUUUCAUUUCCUCUUGCUUCCUCUGAUUUGGGAUCUGAAGCCCUUGAAAAUGAGUUCAUAUUGAACAACAUGCAUCUGUUUGAGAUUCAGAAAAGAAUAGAAGACAUGGCUAGUGCUGGCUUGGAUACUAGUUCACUUGAUGAUGAAGCCUUCAAUUAUGAAGCAGCACAAGAUAGAUGUAUCCUUAGGCUUAUAGCAUCCUGCUGUUAUGGUGAUAAACUUGUGCGUGCGACUGAACUUGUAAAGCUUUUGACACUAGAAAAAUCAAUGAAUGGCGCAAUAAAACUUGUACGCUGUGGUUCCUGCAUUUUUUAAACAGGAAAGGCUACUCAAUGAGAUGAAGAACACUACAGAAACAAAACCCUUUGAAAACCAUGUUGCACCCGUCACAGCUGAUGCUUCCUUUAGCAGAAGCAAGAUGCCAAUUCAAACUGAAGCUUCCAAAACAGUAACUAUGUCAUUAUCACCACCAGGAUUAUCUGCUCCAUCAUUCACCAAGACAGACAAAACACAAGUAGCAAAUACACGUGAAAAAACAAUGUUAAAGGAAACUGUGAAGGCAAAGCAUGUAGAAGAUGAAACAAGUAACAAAGCAGUGAAAGUGGAUGCUCCUUCUCGUUCUCAUUCACAUGACCAAUCUAUAAAGCAGUCAAAUAACAAGUCAGAGGCCAGUUUGGUGAAACCAACUCGGCCUUCUAAUCCAUUUUUGAAGUCUUCUGUUAAGUAGAGAAAUUCAUCUUUUACUUUAAUGAAUGAUAAACAAUGAAGAGGGUUCAGGUAGUUUAUGGUUGACAAAGUUAUUACAAAAGCAUAAAGUGGCAGAGAAGAUUUAAGAUCCUGUGUACAUUACGCUGAAAUCUUAUUGUAAUUAUUGUUUGAAUUCAUAAUUCUUUAGGACUCUUAGAUUGCAUGCAUA